AUGGAACACCUCUUCGGUGCUGAAGAGGUGCGUGAGAUAGUGGCGGAACGGCCAGAGCUGCUGGCACUGGGAUGGAAAUUGCACCGGGCCCUGAAGUUCGCUGAGCGGCGUAUGGGUUCUCGAGAGAAGGUUCGUGACAGGUUUGAGGCCAUUUUGGAGCGCACCGGUCUGGCCAAACACUUGCAUUGGGAGCGCAAGCAGCGACCGCGCAAUGGCCUUUGGACACCAAAGCUUCGUAUGCCCAAUGGCUAUCCUUUGAACCACGGUCCGUGGUCUCCGUAUACCAAUCCGCUUGGGAAAGGAGGGCCAGCACGUGGACCGUGGCAGGAUUUCGAUGAGAGCGAAGAAAUGGAAGAGAGCCCAUACACGGAGGCCAAAGAGGAUGCAGGGCUUCAGCCCACUUUUCAUUGA